AUGGAUUCAUCGACUAUUUACGCCCAGGUCAGCGUGCGCUACAGCGCAGCAGCCACGGACAACAACGCCACUCACAGCAACACAGUCGCCAAGGCCUUUGGCUAUUCGGAGGAAGAGCUGGAAUCUAUCCCCAAGGACAGCAAUCUAGGCCUGAGCUGCGGUAACCCAUUAGCCUUGGCUACUCUGCGUGAGGGUGAGACGGUUCUCGACUUUGGCAGUGGCGCCGGCUUUGAUGUCUUCCUCGCAGCCAAAAGAGUUGGUCCAACUGGCAUUGCCAUCGGAAUUGAUAUGAACAAGGACAUGUUAGCCAAGGCGCGCAGCAUUUGCGCGAGCUCGGGCAACCAGAACGUCGAGUUCGUUGAGGCUAGCAUCACAGAUAUCCCAUUGCCCUCUGCAUCUGCCGACUGCAUCAUUUCCAACUGCGUCGUCAACCUGGUACCGCACACUGACAAGCAGCUCGUCUUUUCCGAAAUGCACCGGCUAUUGCGCCCUGGCGGGCGCGUUGCCAUCUCCGACAUCCUCGCUCGUAAGCCACUACCGGAAUCGAUUCAACAGAGCAUGAGCCUGUAUGUGGGAUGUAUCGCAGGUGCAGGCGAAGUUGCCGAUUACCAGCGAUACUUGGAAGUGGCUGGGUUCCAAGACAUCGUAAUCACUAACACGGGUAGCGACUUGAAUGUUUACUUGGAGGGAGCUAACAAUGAAUGCUGUGGCGACAGUGCUGGUUCCCAGGCAGCACAGGCCAUGAAGGACGACCUGAAACAAGCCAACUUGAACGAAUGGGCUGGGUCCUUCCGAAUUUACGCUGUAAAGAGCUGA